GAAGUUCGAAAGUCCACAGAAGACUUUGAUAACCCAAAAAUCUGACAUGUAAGGUUGAGGAGAAUCCAGGGAGGAUCUAUCUUCCGGGCUAAAAUGUCCACGAUAAUCUGGCACGGGUGCUGAUUUGUAAAGAGUGUCUAUUGACUUAGCUUUGCCGUUUUAGUGGUGCAAAGAUAUACCCAGGCAAAGGUAUCAGAUUUGUUCGAUCAAACUCCCAGGUUUUCCUCUUUGCCAAUUCAAAAUGCAAGUCGUACUUUCACAACUGGCUGAAGCCUGCCAAGCUCAUCCGGACAGCAAUGUGCAGGAAGCAGCAUAAGAAGGACAUUCAUGCUGAAGCUGUAAAGAAGAGAUGUCGUACUACAAAGAAGCCUUAUUCAAGGUCAAUUGUUGGUGCUACUUUGGAAGUCAUUCAGAAAAAGCGAUCAGAGAAGCCUGAAGUUUGUGAUGCUGCUAGAGAAGCGGCUCUGAGAGAAAUCAAGGAACAGGUUAAGAAAACCAAGGAUGAAAAGAAAGCUAAGAAGGCUGAGCUAAUAGCUAGAUCUCAGAAGAGUACUCAGACGAAAGGCAGCAUGGCAAAGGCUCCACAAGGCCUUUAGUUUGGUGGCGGUGGUUGGAAGCGAUGAAAAUCAUAACGUUCUGUUCGUGUAUCCGAUUCUGCUUCAUACCUUUGUGGAGUCUUAACUGUCUAAAUUGUGUAACCUUCCCUACUUCUAAACAAUUUUCAUGAUGGUAGCGGCAUCUGGGAACUAACUGUUCUUGAAGGGAAAUUUUGGUAGUCUAAUACCAGUUUGCUUUGGUUGCUUUGCUCUCA